GUUAAAGUGAAAAUACCUUUUGGAAACAAAUAUCUUGAUGCUAUCUUUUCUGUCCCAGAGAAGAAAUCAACAUAUGGAGUGAUUCUUACCCAUGGAGCUGGAGGAGAUAUGAAUUUCCCUCACUUAGUGUCUUUGGCAGCCUAUCUUGCAUCCCGUGGAGUUCUAUGCCUGCGGUUUACUUGUAAAGGCCUUAACGUUGCAUACAGGACUAAAGCGUUCAAAACAGUUGUG